CAAAAAUCUCGGAGAUUUAUCCCGACGGCGACCAGACGCAUCAGUCAAUGUUUGUACGUUCACUGUUGGUGUUGGUGUCUGAGAGCAUCUUCACUGUUGAACCGAGCAGAAAAGCUCAAAAAACGAAUGGCCGAAAUCAAAGCCGAUAACACUCACCAGCACCAGCUCACUGUACCGGAUCCCGAUAUUCCGGACCAAAAAUUACCGAAACCAAAGCGCGUUGCUUCCCUGGACAUCUUCCGAGGCCUCACCGUUGCAUUGAUGAUUCUGGUGGAUGAUGCCGGAGGAGAAUGGCCUAUGAUUGGGCACGCACCAUGGAAUGGUUGCAAUCUUGCUGACUUUGUGAUGCCAUUCUUUUUGUUCAUUGUGGGGAUGGCCAUUGCACUUGCUCUCAAGAGAAUACCAAGUCGGCCAAUGGCCAUAAGAAAGGUGAUUUUUAGGACUUUGAAGCUUCUCUUUUGGGGUCUCCUAUUGCAAGGAGGUUUUUCACAUGCUCCCGACAAGCUAACAUAUGGUGUCGACAUGAAAAAAAUAAGGUGGUGUGGAAUUCUCCAGAGAAUUGCUCUUGCAUAUUUGGUAGUGGCACUGGUGGAAAUCUUUUCAACAGAUGCCCAAGGCAAGGAUCCAGCGUCCAGCUGGUUCUCUGUAUUAAAGUUGUACUAUUGGCACUGGCUGGUGGCAGCAAGCGUUCUUAUUGUUUACUUGGCUGUAAUUUAUGGGACAUACGUUCCUGAUUGGAAAUUCACUGUCCUGAACAGAAAUAGUACUGUUGAGAUGACAGUAGCCUGUGGCAUGAGUGGGAAACUGGAUCCUCCUUGUAAUGCAGUAGGAUAUAUCGACAGACUGGUGCUAGGACUCAAUCACAUGUAUCAACAUCCAGCUUGGAAGAGAUCUAAGUUAAAGCUCUGCAGGCUUGCACUGAUAACUCCCCAUAUGAAGGGCCUUUCCGAAGUGAUGCUCCUUCAUGGUGCUAUGCUCCUUUUGAACCGGAAGGAGUUUUAAGGUCUGUUAAAAUCAUUAGUAAUUCAUUUCAUUUUGAUGAACAUUGGAACUCAUGCCUCGAGUCUAGAUUCUAAUUGGUGGGUAAACAGUUCUAUCUUUUUUUCCAAAUAAUCUAAUGACAUAAGAUUAGUGACAUAGUGAGAAUUACUGUGAAUUUUGGCUGUCUAAUUGAUUUUCAGCUAUCCUUUGUAGUGAGUAUUACUGUGAAUUUUGGUUGUCUAAUUGAUUUUCAGCUAUCCUUUGCCAAACUAGUUUGUGAAGGACAGUGCUAAGAAUGAAAGAAAAGUUUAAUAUAAUAACACAUUAUAUCUACACAAAUUUAAAAAGAAAGGAAUUGAAGAUGAGAACUUAUUGUUAUUCCUUAAAAAGUUAAAAAUAUACUUGAGAAGGCUUCCCUUACUCUAAGAGGCAAGCUUACCCUUUUAACCACUUGAUUGCAGCAAUUUACUCACUUCUUACACCCAGAGAGUAAUGUUCUUAAGCAUGAAUCUCAUGAAUGUUCCAAUUGGCAAUGAUGGGAAGUCUAUGAUGAAUGUGCUCCAACUACUGAUGUGGUGGAUUUGUGAACCUUGAAAAUUUAUCUUUGUAGCUUUU